AGGGAGCCCGUGACGCCUGCCAGGGUGGCGGGGCUCCCUAGGAGAGCGACUUUCAUGCUGAGCCUCCUAGGAGCUGUCCGUGGUGCUGAACGCCGCCGCCGAAACCCUCUCGAGGGCCACCGGGCAUCCCAGCUACUAACACCCUCCUUCACUUGUUCUUCUUGACUAACUAGUGCUCUCCUUGCCCUGUGGGCUUUCCUGGGAGUAAGUCCCACUGAACUUGGUGGGACUUGCCUGUGAAAACACCUUGCACUGCCUUGCUAAAUAGGCAUGUGAUGUGGGCCUUCUGGCGACUUCCUUUUGAUGUUCCCGGAAUGUCUUUCUACCUUGCAAGAAUUUGUUUUCGAUUGCAAGUUGCUUCAGGGGGCGGGGGCAUUAGGAUUGGAGUUAGGCUUUUCUUUUUCGUUUCUUUGGAAUGCAUCGAGAAGUAGAAUGGAAAGGAAGUUGGAAACAGAAACUAUCCAUCUUGUACUGUACAAAGCAGAUCUGGACAAACCAUUGGCUAUAUUCACAAUAUCAAGGAUAAGCAGUAGUAUUUUUCGAUAGUGAGGGAAAGCUCUGAUCUGAAACACUGAAAAGUGAAAACAUUGAAUGUAACAGGGAACUGUCAUUACUUAAUGCUAUAGAUUGUCUAUCAUUGAAAAGAUAUGUUAUAUAACUUGCAUGAGCAAAAUUUUGGCUUAAAACAUCUCACUUAUUUAAAGAAAAUCACAGGAUUCUCUCUCGCAUUCUCUCUCUCUCUCUCUCUCUCUCUCUCUCUCUCUCUCUCUCUCAGUGUUCCGAAAUUUCCAAUUCUUUUGCUAAGAAACUUGGGCAAGGAAAGUUGAGGGGAGGUCCAGUAGUGACUCAAAAUGUGUUUGCCUGUUAGGUUUCCCUACCUUUCACAUUUCUGCUAGGGCAUUUUUGGUAGAUGUUUUGUGAGGGAGACAUUUUUGCAUUAGAAGGGGAGGCAAAAAGAAGCUUAAUGUUUGAUACUGGAGCUACUAAUGGCCUGGAACUUUGGUUGUCCGUAGCCGUCACAAUCUGUCUUUUCUAAGGCCACUAUCCCACAUGCACUUAACCUGAGCAGAUCUAGAGGAGUUUGGUCUACCUAACCUGCCCACCUUUCUCUCCUGUGUUUCUUUCCCCCACUAACCUAGCGGGGAAGAGAAAAGGGAGGGAAAGGAUAGAAAGAGGGGUAGAAACAGGAAAGGAUAGAAAGAGGGGUAGGAAUAAAAGGGAGAAAAUAAAACAGAAUGAAAAAAGAGAAGGUGGUUGAGGGACAGGCAAAGGGAGAAAAGAGGUGGGAAAGGAGGGAAAGGAAAAUCAAAUAAAUGUGCAGAAACCAGAGAAGAAAAGAGACAAGGGAAGAAGCUGCCAAAGUAGAAAGAAAAGGAAACCCUGUGGAAAUAUUCUGGUGGCAGGGUGAUAUGGAGACUUAGAGCGCAUACUUACAGUGAUGAGUUCAGGAGGCAGAAAGAGGUGGAAUGAAAGGGCAAUUGAUGUAAUGGUUCAGCUAAUGCCUGUACACCUUUAUAAGGCUCUCUUCUUAUGCCACGUCUCUCUAUUCCCUUUAGCUAAUCCAUGCUGCUCUUACCCCUGCCAAAACAGAGGAGUGUGUGUAUCUGUUGGUUUUGAUGGCUACGAAUGUGACUGUUCGCGGACUGGAUUUUCUGGACAAAACUGCACGACACCUGAUUUUUUUACCUGGCUGAGACUGAAACUGAAGCCUGUCCCAGACACCGUUCACUACAUACUCACCCACUACAAAAUAAUUUGGAGCAUCAUCAAUAGCAUUCCAUAUCUGCGAAAUUCCAUUAUGACAUACGUACUAAUGUCAAGAUCCCACUUAAUUGAGAGUCCACCAACAUACAAUAGCGAUUAUGCUUAUAAAAGCUGGGAAGCCUACUCCAACCUUUCCUACUACACUAGAGCUCUUCCACCCGUGGAACACGACUGCCCCACCCCUAUGGGUGUGAAAGGCAAAAAGGAGCUCCCCAGCUCCAGGACCAUUGCGGAGAAAUUCCUCCUUCGAAGAAGGUUCAUUCCUGAUCCACAAGACACAAAUAUCAUGUUUGCCUUCUUUGCCCAGCAUUUCACCCACCAGUUCUUCAAGACGGACAGCAAGAAAGGGCCAGCCUUCACCAAAGGUCUUGGACAUGGGGUUGAUCUAAGUCAUAUCUAUGGGGAGACCUUGGAAAGGCAGCUGAAACUGAGACUACUUAAGGAUGGAAAGCUAAAAUUUCAGAUGAUUGAUGGAGAGAUGUAUCCACCCACAGUGAAAGAAACUCAAGCAGAGAUGAUUUAUCCACCCCAUGUCCCUGAGCACCUGAAAUUUUCCGUAGGGCAGGAGGUCUUUGGCUUGGUUCCAGGACUGAUGAUGUACGCAACACUUUGGCUGCGGGAGCACAACCGCGUCUGUGAUGUUCUUAAGGGGGAGCAUCCAGAAUGGGAUGACGAGCGACUCUUCCAAACCACCAGGCUGAUCUUGAUAGGAGAAACUAUCAAGAUUGUGAUUGAAGACUAUGUGCAGCAUUUAAGUGGUUACCACUUCAAGCUGAAGUUUGAUCCAGAGCUGCUCUUCAACCAAAGAUUCCAGUAUCAGAACAGAAUAGCAGCGGAAUUCAACACGCUUUACCACUGGCAUCCUCUUCUGCCCGAUACCUUUCAAAUUGAGGACCAGGAUUACACUUACCAGCAAUUUAUAUACAACAACACCAUCAUGCUUAAACAUGGUCUCUCCCAUAUGGUGCAGUCUUUCUCCAGCCAAAAGGCCGGAAGGAUCUCUGGGGGUAGAAACAUUCCAGCUGCGGUGCUGAAAGUAGCGAUAGCCUCUAUCGAACAAAGCCGGCAGAUGAGAUACCAAUCCUUGAAUCAAUACCGGAAGCACUUUCUCUUGAAGCCCUAUCGGUCCUUUGAAGAACUUACAGGAGAAAAAGAGAUGUCUGCAGAACUUGAGGAGCUCUAUGGAGACAUUGACGCAAUGGAGCUGUACCCAGGCCUCCUUGUGGAAAAGCCACGUCCCGGAGCCAUCUUUGGUGAGACGAUAAUAGAACUUGGGGCACCAUUCUCCUUGAAAGGUCUCAUGGGAAAUGUGAUCUGCUCCCCCGAGUAUUGGAAGCCCAGCACUUUUGGAGGCAAAGUGGGGUUCGACAUCGUGAACACUGCCUCCUUCCAGAAGCUCAUCUGCAACAACGUGAAGGGCUGUCCCACUACAGCUUUCCAUGUCCUGAACUCCGGAACGUCCGUGACAAACAACGUCAGCACCCCCAGCACGUCAAUAGAUGAAAUCAGCCAAGCAGUACUACUGAAAGAACGUUCUGCUGAACUCUAGAGAACUGCUGUUCACCUCUAUUUAUUUUAUUUAUCUAUUGAAUAUUAAUAUUUAUACUACAACCGGAACGGCAUGGGUUUUCCUGUGCCUUGGCAUUUAACUCAGGAUGGAACUUAAGAGAGUUUUGCGUGGCAUCGCUGGACAGGAUGCCCAGCCUUUAAUAACGUCUUCUGUACCAGAAAGAUGUUUUCCAAAAUGGAUCAAAGGCAUUCAGUUUGCUACGUAAACUUGAACGCAAAUGCUGUUUCUUUACCUUUUUGAGAAACUUGACACUGUAAUAUGGAACCAGGUUAAGUGCCGCCAACCCAGAACUUGUCAUUGUUGUAGGUGUCCUUUUGGAGACAAAUGUAUUGUGAGAAAUCAGUCUUCACAGUCUGUCCCUUUACUGAAAUCAUUUCAGUGAUAUCCUACCAAAUGAAAGGGGCAAAAAAGGAUAGCUAUGAGAUACCUAAAGUUAUACCUUUUAGCCCCGUUGACAUGGAUCUCAAUGCAAAAAUUACUUAAAUUUGGCUCAGUGUUGCCCUUUUUCCAACUUCCUUAAGUCAAAGUUCACUACUUCCACAAGGCACGGCAUGGGGGAAGCGUCAUUUUCGGAUGUGUAAAGUUGCUUACAUGCUUCCUUUAUUUAACAAAGUGUCCACCUGGUUACAAAAAUAUUGCCCCAUGGCUUUAUAAGACUCUAUUGCCCAGGCGGUACCUAAUGAAAUGCAUCAGGGCAAAUUCCAUGUGCUUUUCAGUGUCAAGAUUCCUAGUACCUUUAUUCAAGGUCCAGGCAGACCAGCAAAUAAGAGGUGACUGGAAGAUAAACGUUUACAAUUGUUCAAUGCUGCAAGAGUUCUUCUUAGGGAACAUAAACGCAUGUUUGAAAACUAGAAGCUUGGAGAAAAGUAAAGAUUGGCGAGCGUUCCAGUAAUGGAACCCUUCAUCUUUCGAUGCUUGCAGCUUCCUUCCUUUGUAGCCAGCACAAUCCCUACAACCUCCCUGCCUGGACAGAGUGCUUGCUCCAAGAUCCUUUGACCUCAGAGCUGGAGGUCCAAAGAGGGAGACCUUACCCUCCCCUCCUUAUGGCCAAUGUGAAAAGAAACGUGCCAGAUGCCUCUCCGAGGCUGGAGAGAAGGAAAGGGGACAUGCCGGUGGGAGGGAAGCAAGCUGGCUGGGGCCAACAACUUCUGCCUUAUCCAAACAGUGCCCCAGCCCACUUCCUCCUUCUUCUGCAGCAUUUCAUCUGGAGGGUGAAAAGGGCCAUCAAGAUGAAGUGCAGCAGGCAAGGCAGAGAGGACUGUUGGCACACCUGCUUCCAUACCUUGGAUACGCUUUAGCCUCUGACUUCAGAGGCAUCUGUGCAUCAAAGAUGGAUUUAGAGUGUUUGAUGGUGCCCUAAGUCUAUUUCAUGAUGAUAUCUAAAAUGUGUCCAUUUGAAUGGUGGAGAGGCUACAGAAACAUCAUAGAAUAACACUGAAAUCCAUUCAUGGGCUAUAAGUGAGUUCUAAAUGCAAUCUAGGUUGUCACUGUUUUUGACAUUCAAUGUGACUUGAAAUCUAGAUCUCUUAAUAGCACUUUAUAUAAGCAAAAGCAAUUUCAAUUUUAGGACCUGAAACACUACAUUUUUUAAUAUUAUUAUUAUUAUUAUUAUUAUUAUUAUUAUAAGGUUUUUGUUACUACUGUUAGAUGGGCUUAGGGUAGAUCUUAGUUUCUCUACUGGUUGAUUACUUGAAAAAAUGCAAUGUUUUUCCUGUACUAUGUAUGUUAAAUAUUUAAUAUAGCUCAAGAAACUUAUGAAGACUGCUGUGAUACUGAAACUGGUAUGCCGUUCACUCUCAGCUUUAGAUCUAGUGCUUUUUCUUUGUUGGGUGGUGCAAAGAUUCCUUGUGGGCCAAAAAUGAAAGAAAAAAAUUUUGAUGGCUGGAAAAGCGUUAAGUUGGGAGAGGAAGACAAAGGGCGGUAGCCAUUCCAGCACCCUUUUGACUUCAUCUGACUUCCUGUUGCUGCUUUGAGGUCAUACCCAUGGAGGUUGCCCCUAAAACAUCUGGGUUCUGCCCAAAGAUUUAAGAUAGAAUUGUCAUCCAUCUUGUAUUAGGAGCACAGCCUUAUUCCUGUUGGUUACACUCUGGUGGCAAACCCACCAGCAAUGUCCUGUCAUUACCACUUUCAUUUCCUCUUUCCUUCAGCACCAGAUCACUUAUGCUUACUAUUUCAGGAAUAAUCUUAUGCUCGGAGGACAUUCUGUGUAAAUCCCACCCACCAGCUAAAUUUGGAGGACUUUUUUUGUUGUCAAAACACACUUAGGAUUGCAUCUUAACUCCUAACAUAUUCGACUCAGUCCUGUUUCCUCCUCUUAUUUGUGCUCUGUGCAGUUAGAUUAUGAGUCUGUGGGCAGAUUGUCUAUUUUUGAAACAAGAGCAACAGUUGAAUACACUACUUGGAACUGCAGUUGUGUGCUUAAUAAUGAUCUACUGUUCUAGGGGGCAGUUUCUGGAACCGUGCUUUCCUGUUCCAUUUUUCAGUAGAAACUUCUCUCAGCUUGCUGCUCUUGGUUUGGUCCACAGAUGCACAAGCUGGAAGUCACGUUGUUUUGUGACAAAUAUACAGAGAUAGGCAGUUUUUUUCAAUUUCCUGCUACUGCCAAUUGAACUGAAGCAUUUGUUUAUUUUGGAGCUUUUUCAUCUUCUUCCCUCAUCUCAUCAGCCAGAAAGACUUCCAGAAUCAUGGAUAAAGACUGCCUCUUCGCAGGGUUGACAUCUGGAAGAAAUGAUGCAAAAGAGAAAAGGGCUGUGGAGAAACAGGCUCUCACUUUGUAGAAUGAUGCAUUUUUUAGAAUGAGACACUUGUGCUUUAUUUAUAUCAGUAAAUUAAAUUCUAUUUUUACAUUCUGUUAUGUACACAGUACUGUGAUGAUUGGUAAUAAAUUAUUUUAAGAUAA